AAAAAAUAUAUAAACCGAAAAAGAGCCCAUCUGUAUUUCUACUGGAAAAAAAAAAAAAAACGACACUUGUUCUUCUAGGGUUUCACAAGAUCUCUUUUGCCUCUGCAAAGCACGAACGAAUUGCGAUUUCUAGGGUUUCGAUUUGUGUUUGUUCGGGUGUUUGAUGGUCUGAGGAGUGAUUUGAGGUUAUAAAUCUUGGAUUUUUCUGGAAGAUUUUGAAGAGAGAAAGGAAACGAUGGCGCCUUUUGAUAAAGAGCUUGAAGAGCAGAUUGCGGUUGCUGGGAAUAAGCUGAUUGAGCCUCCUUCUUCACUUGACGAACUCCUCCGUUUGCUUGACCAAGUAGAGUCUUCCCUGUCUAAAGUGGAGCAAUCACCGGCGAAAUCAAUGCAUGAUGCACUUUCUCCAUUGAUGAAGGCAUUGGUCGCAAAUGAUCUCUUGAGGCAUUCUGAUGUUGAUGUGAAGGUCGCAGUUGCUUCGUGUAUUAGUGAGAUAACUAGAAUUACUGCACCAGACGCUCCAUAUGAUGAUGACAAAAUGAAGGAUAUCUUUCAAUUAAUUGUAUCGUCUUUUGAGAAUCUGGAUGACCUGUCCAGCAGAUCGUAUAAUAAGAGGGUGAUGAUCCUUGAGACAGUGGCCAAGGUCAGGUCAUGUGUUGUCAUGCUGGAUCUAGAAUGUGAUGGGCUCAUUACCGAGAUGUUUCAGCACUUCCUUAAAACUAUAAGAGAGGAUCACUCUGAGAAUGUUUUUUCAUCCAUGGCAACAAUCAUGACUCUUGUGCUGGAAGAAAGCGAAGAAGUAUCCUUGGAAUUGCUUACCCCUCUAUUGGCUAGUGUUAAAAAGGACAAUGCGGAGGGCACACCAAUUGCUAAAAGGUUGGGAGAGACAGUAUUUGCAAACUGUGCUGCGAAGCUUAAGCCUUACUUGCCUCAAGCAGUAGAAUCAUUGCAAAUAUCUUUAAAUGAGUACAAUAAGAUUGUUACUUCAGUGUUGGAAGGGACUCUUCCAGCUGUUGAUGGUAUUAAUGACAGUGCUCCUAAGGACCAAUUGGUCACCGAAACCAAGUUGGCUGAACUUCCAGAGGCUGCUCAGGCCACUCAGGAUGGUGGGAGCAAAGUGGCUACAGCAUCUUCAGGCGAAGCAGUCCAGAUGGCUGAGAGCGGAAGGGAUGAGGCAUGUUCAGAAGAUAUUGAUCCUGCUGUGAAUGGAUCUCCCAAAUCAAUCACAAGUAAUGGUGUUAGUUUGGAGAAUGUGAGAUUGGUUUCUGAAACAGAAUCGCUGAAGAAGGCUGGAGAUCAUGAUGAGGUGGAUCUCCAUGAUGCUUCAAAGAUACCAUCCAAAUCUGAAUCUGAUGAUUCAAGGGUUGAAAAGUCUACAAAGUCGGAGCCCAAGUCUGAACAACCUUCUAAGAAAAGAGGACGGAAGACAAUCUCUUCAAUAAACUCAGCAGAAUCUUCUCACCAAGCUCCUGAAGGAAGUGGAAAAGAAACUGAGAAGCUUCAAGAUCAUCAGAAUGAUCAAAACAAAGAUGACCAAAGUUCAGCUUCUGAAGAUCCAGUGGUUGAGCAGUCCAAUUUGUUGGAGAAGGAACCAGAAACUGAUCAACACUCAGCACCCAAAGAAUCUGAGGAGGAAGUUGUUGAUAUUGCUCCUUCAUCCCCAGGUCAGAGCCUUCCUGAAGAGAUUGCACCGAAGAAGGGUGGUCGGCCAAAGGAGGACAGCUUAAAUCAAGAAGACAGUGUGUCUAAGAAGGAAUUUGAAGCUGGAAGUGACUUGGAAGUUAAGCAGGUGAGGCGCCCUUUGAAGAAAACUCCUUUAGAACCUUGUCGUAAGGAGAAAGGUGGAUCCACCAGUGAUACCGAGGCUAAAAAGCAGAAGCAAUCGGGCAAGAAGGUUGAUACCAAAACUAAGAGUCAGGUUGGUUCAUCUGCGAGAAAUAAGGAAGAUGGCAAAAAGCGUGGACAUGGAAAAGCUAGUCAGGAGACGUUGCCUUCACAAGAGUCUCCCGAUCACUCUGUUAAACAUGAUGAAGAUAAUGAAGAGGAUAUUCCCAGGACUACUGCAAAGAGAAAGCGUUCUUCAAGCAAGGGCAGGGGGAGUAGGCAAGUUGUGCAGAAGAGUGUGCCUACGCCUGACUCUCCCGACAAUUCUACUAAACAUGUAAGCGAUGAAGAUGAAACUGACAUGACAAGUGCAAAGAAAAAGCCUUCUUCAGGCAAGGAUAUGGUUACAGAGACUGUGCAAUGUGAUAAGAACCUGGUUGGUAAAAAGAUCAAAGUUUGGUGGCCAUUAGAUGAACUAUUUUAUGAAGGGACGGUUAGAAAUUAUGAUUCUUCAAGGAAGAGGUUCACAAUUGACUAUACUGAUGGAGAGACAGAAAAAUUAAAUCUCUUGAAGGAACGCUGGGAACUUGUUGAAGAUGGUAAUAUGUCAGAAGAGGAGCAAGUAGCUAGUGCUGAUGCAGCUUCUGAAAGUCAUAAGAAGAAAAAACCUAAGAAUGCUGAACCAUCACCAAAGCACGAAAUGGAGGCUUCACCUAAAAGCAAGUCAAAAGACGCAACAGCUAAAUCUGGACAGAAAUCCAAGGGUAAACUCAACUUGAAAGAUGGCACCUCAAAAUCUGCCGGGAAAACUGAUGACACAACCAGCAGCAAGUCUGGGGCCCAAUCCAAAAAGAGCACUGGCAAAUCUGUUGAUACUGAAAAGCCAUCUGCCAGGUCUAAAGAUGUUAGUAGUAGUACUCCCAAAUCCAAGUCCAGGCAAGAUACUCCAUCAACAACUGCCAACAAGUCCAAGCAAGAAACUGUCAAAGCUGCCAACAAGUCCAAAACUAGAACCCCGCAAAGUGGUGGCAAGUCCGGUGCCAAUGGCAUGGAGAAGCUAAAAUCUAGUUCGUCAAAGGUUAAAGAGAGUGGGAACCAGAAGGAAAAAGCAACUAACUCAGCAAAAACCCCUGAUAGCAGCACCAAGGAGAAACUCUCUAGUGCAUCAAAGGAACGACAAAGUGAGCCAAAGAGUGGAAAGAAGCGUGCCAGGGGAAAAAACUGAUUAUUUGUUGCACAUCUUGUAAUAGUGGAGCUCCUCUUGUAGUGCCUACUUACAUUCUUGGACCCAUUGCGGCUCAUUGAAGAGGCUAUGGUGCCUACUAUUCCUUGUGUGCUAUUUGCUGUUUGGCAAAAUCUAGAGGUGCAGCUUGCAAAAGCCUGUCAUAGCUUUUUAGUUAUGGUGGUGCUAGGUUUCUGGAUAGGUUUUUUUCAGUUUAAAGCAUAUUGUUAGAGAUGUAAUUGGUUAGAUUUAUCAUUUUGGUUGCUAGUUGUAUUCACUUUUAUUAUUUUUAGCAUAGGAAGGAGAUACCCUGUUGAUGAGGAUUUUAUGGAUGUGAGUUGGAUCAUAAAUUA